GAUGACGCAGGACGUUGUUUACCGCUGCAGGGUGUUUGUGUUGAGCAAACCUUCACCUUUAGUCUGAUUUAUCCUCGAAAACCCUCGAAUGGCCACGAGUGAACGUGCAGGUUAAAAUAGCUCAAAAUGCUCCGACGCCACUGAGGAAGCAACAAUGACAUAGACGGAGGAAGAAUUGUGGCGUCUCGUCCUUUGGGGAGGGCAGGCCUUCUCAGAAAUGGCAACCGAACUUCAUGAAACCAUAUAUGUGGCCAAGCAAGAGCGCCACAAGAACCUGUUCCUCAACUACAAAAACCUCAACAAUUUCCCCGUGGAGCUGCUGAAAGAUGAAGGCCUGCAGUUCCUGGAGAGACUGUACAUGAAGAGGAACUCUCUCACUACACUGCCUGAUAAUCUUGCUCAGAAGCUCCCAAAUCUGAUAGAACUAUAUUUGCACUCAAACAACAUUGUCAUUAUUCCUGAAGCUAUUGGAAACUUAGCCAGGCUGCAGUCGUUGGAUCUGAGUAACAACGCCCUGCAGCUCCUCUGUCCAGAGAUCGGCCGACUCAGAUCGCUGCGGCACCUGAGGCUGUCCAACAACCGGCUGAAGUGCCUUCCUGCAGAGCUGGGUGACCUGCAGGACCUGGAGACUCUGGAUCUGUCCAUGAACCAGCUCAAGUCCCUUCCCGAGCGGCUGCACCGCUGCCUCUUCCUGCAGAACCUCACGGUGGACCACAACCUGCUGACCCACGUUCCCCGGCAGCUCUGCUGGCUGCACCGCCUCAACCAGCUCUCCAUGGCCGCCAACCGCCUCAACUUCCUCCCCCUCGAUCUGGGCCGAUCGCGGGAGCUGCAGUUCGUGUUUGUGGACAACAAUGCGGACCUGAAAGGCCUCCCCUCCUACUUAUACAACAAAGUCAUCGGCUGCAGCGGGUGUGGCGUGUCUCCCCAGGCUCCACACGCUGACCUGAACGACGCCCUGGGGAAGGUGCUGAGCGAGGCCCUGGUGGGUCUGCCGGCCGAGGUGAAGGUGGUGGGCUCAGAGACGGACGGCGUGGUUCCGCUGGAGGAGCUGGCCUUGAGGACGCUGCACCGCCUCCACCACCACCGGCCCACAGACCUCAACCUGCUGCCUCCCAUCGGCCUCCCCAGGAGCCUGCUGGACCUGCUGCAGUUCCCCCUGGGCCACUGCCACCGCUGCAGCCAGGCCAUGUUCACCAUCAUCUACCCCAAACUCUUCCCCCUCCGGGAGACCGCCCUGGCCGGCGUGCACCGCAGGACCACCGUCAGCUUCGUGGCCUACUGCUGCUCCAGCCACUGCCUCCGGACCUUUGACCUGCAGGGCUGACAGGACUCCCCGUUCUCCUCCUCCUCCCUGCCUCGGCCCAAGAGCCCGUCCAUCUGCUCCCAGAGGACGACGGGAGACCUCCUGACUCCACCGUGCGGCGAGCGGUGGAUGUGAAAGGUCAUCGAGCAGCAGUGCAGCGACCCUGCACUCCGACAUGUUGGGAACUUCACAUUUUAUCUCCUGAGGCGAAGACUGAAAGUAAACACGAGGUUGUGAAGUCUACUAAGCUCUCGGAUGACUGUUGGAGUCAUAAUAACUGUUAUUUAUUAACAGUGCACUUCUGUGUUCUUUCCCUGAGACCAGAGAAGCUUUUGAAAAGACACUUUUCAUUUUGUUUUCCUCUCACAGGCUUUUUGCAGCUGACACAUCGCCUUGAGUUUGAAGUCAUUGAAGUUUUAACAUUUGUGAAGUUUCUUGCACAGAAUAUUUCAAGAGUUAUAAUAAGAGACCGAGUGUUUGUCUGUUUGGUGUUUGGGUCUGAAGAAGCAGAGAAAGUCAAUGCAAAGUGUGAAAAUUCUACAUUCAUUAAAAAUAUAGAUGUAAACAUAUUAAACAGCUCUUGAUUGUGUCAGAUUUUAGGUUUUAAAUAACUGGGAAACAACACAGUGAAAACAUGUUUUGCUCUUCAGAAAGGUUUCAGUGACUCACUAAAACGUUCUUCAAACAAACAGUGAGACUUGCUUUAGUGUAACGUCGGAGGAUGACCAGUUUUCCUGGUUUGAACCUUCUGAGGUUGUUGUCCUUCAUUUCCAUGUUAAACAACUCAAAUAUUGACGGAUGUUUGACUUAGUUUUUUUCAUUAAAGGUCAAAAUAUGAAGAAUGU